CAGCCCUGCUGAUAGGGUUUCACUCUCUCUAGGCUGAAGAAGAGGGCAGGCAGUACAAUACAAACCGCAGGACACAGAUCUACCUGGGAAUCUAUAUUCCUCUUCCUUCAACACACACCUUUUUCAGUGAACCUCUGGGACCUGUGUCUUCCUGCUGACACCUGGGCCUUAGCCAUGCCUCUCGCUAGUCCUGUCCAUUCUAACAAAAGGAAGAAGGGCGACAAGAUCAUCACUGACCUGUCCAACAUCAGCCAGAAUGACGAUGAAACCGACCCAGAGGCCUCCGAGUUCGACCUGGGCACCAAGAUCAAGACGCCCAAGGACUUGAUGCUGGAGGAGCUCUCCCUGCUCUCAAACAAGGGCUCCAAGAUGUUCAGGAUGAGGCAGCAAAGGGUGGACAAGUUCAUCGUGACCAACCAGAACAUGCAGAACCUCGAGAACCUGCUGAUGCUUCCUCCCCCUGUCGCACCAAAACCUGAGAUGCCAAAAGUAGAAGUGGUGGAGGAGAUGGUGGAUGAGGAGGCGGAUAAGGAGGCGAAGAGGAAGGAGUAUAUACGCACCUACGUAUCACCAUGGGAACGGGCCAUGAAGGGCAACAUGGAGCUGACAGCCACCAUGAAGGCCAGCAUGCCGGGACCCAUCCAGAUCCACCCAGACCUGACCCUGUACAAGAGCUUCAACAGGACGGCGUUGCCAUUUGGUGGCAACGACAAGGCGUGCAAGAUCCUGGCCUUCGAGCACCCGGAGAUCAGCGUUGCCACCGAUGAGCCAGAGUCACUGGCCUCCCUGCAGGCUGACAUCCGCUCACGACCCUCGUUCAACCGCACGCCCAUCGGCUGGGUGUGCAACGAGGACAACUCAAACAUCCACAUGGACGUGGACAACAUCGCCUUCGACGGAGAGACAGAUGACCUGUGAACACGCGUGCAGACAGAAGCAUGAUUACAGUACAUGUAGCCUGAAACACACAUUACCUGAAGUACACAUGCACUAUAGGACCCACAAACACAUACUUACAUGAAGAUCACAUCCUCACAUAUGUGUAUUAGAGCAUUGGGCAGAUCAUAAUUCUUGACCCACACACUGACAACAUGAGCACUGGUAGAGUUGCUGAAGCUCCCAUGAACACAUGUUGAAAUGUAUUUUAAUUGCAUGGAAAAAAAAUCGAAAAUAAGCUAAAGCUAUUCAAAACUGACUUGAUGGAAGAGGACAAAGAGUCUCCUCGGUCUCUUGCGUUCUUUCUUACUAUGUGUGUGCAAACUGUGGUAAGUUAAUGUGACACCUGUGUGAACAGAAACAGAUAAGCACCUUGCACUCUUAAAAUGUUUUAUUUAUGCAAUAAAGUUCCCCUUUACAGAACGUCUGACUGCUUCUCAUGUCAACGCUGCAUAUGCUGCUCCUGGAGAUCUUUCAUUACAAGUUACAAAAUAAAAAAAUGUACUUAU